AUGGACAUGGUGGAACAGGUUCUCCAGGAGUGUUUGCAAUCUUCCGAAGACCGGAUCCACUAUUUAAAGCCCUCGUCUUUCGGGUCGUUCAAAACCUACGACGGCAUCAAAGUGAACGGAGACAGAGUAAUCAAAGAUAUAUUUGAUACAAUUGAAACUUUGAGGAGCGACGAGAACGUGGAAGUCAAGAAGAUUAGCGUGGUGGGAUACAGUUUAGGGGGGCUGAUUGCGAGAUACUGUAUCGGAGAAUUGUAUGAGAUUGGGUUUUUUGACAGCAUUGAGCCUGUGGUCUUCAGCACAUUCGCCUCUCCACAUCUUGGAGUAAGAUUCUUUAGAACCUCUCGGAUUCUGGACAGGGCGAUGAAUUUUCUUGGUAGCAGACUCGUUGGACAGUCAGGAAGGGACUUGUUCAUUUACAAGUCCGAUCUGCUUCCCGCGAUGGCAGACAAGGAAAGCAAGUAUUUCAAAGGGCUGGCUUUGUUCAAAGUCAGGAUACUUCUUGCCAAUGUGCGCAACGACAGACUUGUCAGCUUUGCCACCUCGUACAUCUCCAACUACAAUCCGUUCGAAUUUUGGGAAAACCUGGAAAUUGAGUACGUGGACGGGUUACCGUCAGCCAAGGUGCUGGGCAAAGAGUACCCGGCUCGAAUCGUAGACCUGAAGGCCACAGUGUACCAUCCGGAACUGAAAUACAGGGCAGAAGUUGAUCAUCUUCAACGGACCCGCAAUAUCGCCAUUGGAGUCAUGAUAAUGCUUCUUCCGCUGGUUCUGCCGGUGAUCUUAGUGGCAAGUGCAUUUGGAACAGUCAAAAGCGCGAUCAGGAAAUCGCUCCUGCCGGAGUUCAACCAUGGGCGUGCAUGGAAGACCCUACAGGAGCGGCUGGAGGACAACAAAGCCCAGCAUCACGCCCUAAAAAGAGACCACGAGGAUCCAUUAGCCGAAGCAACUCAGGAGAUCGUUGAAAACACACUCCAGGAGCUGUCUGCCGAGGAUCAGGGCGAUAAAGAGGAGUCUUCGAUAGACUCGAGGGCAGGACCCGAAACACUCAAAGAUACAAAACCAACAGAGGUCGACUUUGACGCCGGAAAAGCUGCUGAAUCUCUCGAGGUUUUCGCACAUAGGAUGGACGUCGGCCCUCUGGCAGAGCUUCCUUUGACAGACAAGCUGGAACCGCUACCAUACGAUGAUAAGCGCACGUUGAUGUGUGCAAAUUUGAACCAGCUCGACUGGAUCAAAAUACCGGUCUACGUGAGGUCUCUCAAUGCCCACGAGGGCAUUGUUGCACGGCGCGGGCUUAGGAGAACAGCUGCCGGAGCUCCGGCGCUGUAUCUCUGGGGAAUGCUCUUCAAGAAAAAGUUGGAGUGA